AUGGACAUAAGCACAGCAAUUUUAAUAAUUGGCUUCGCUGCUCUUUUUGCAGCCUUCCUCCUCCUGGUAAUUGGACUUGUGUAUUCUGAGCUGAUGAAUUCAGAUGUUCCUCGUGGGGUUGCAAAUAGCGGGAAACUGCAUAUAGUUCAUGGCUUGUUUGUUGGCGUAGCAGUUGUGGGCCGGAUUCUGGAAAGGCUAGGGAUAUGUCAUCAGAUUAGGUUUACUCGUUGGUUCAGGGCCUGCUUUCUAACACACUCAAACCCAGUUCCCCCUGGACUCCGGGUGAAGGACCUGAAGUUUUCUGAGGUUCCAGUGCGAGUGUAUGAACCCACAACUCCCUCUGAAGGCCUACGAAGAGGGCUUGUAUAUUUCCACGGAGGCGGAUGGGUGAUGGGCAGUAUCGAUACUGCUGAUGAAGUCUGCAGGCACAUCGCCAAGGAGGCCGAGACCACUGUGGUGUCUGUUGGGUACCGAUUAGCCCCUGAGCACAGGUACCCUGCCCAGCUGGAUGACUGUGAGGCAGCAGCAUGCCACUUCUUGUCCGUGGCAGAAGCAGAAUUCAGCGUGGACCCUCACAGAGUGGCGGUCGGCGGGGACAGUUCUGGAGCAAACCUAGCAGCCGCACUUUGCCAAAGGCUGGCAAAGAAAGAGGAUGGACAUCUGCUGUUCCCCUGUGCCCAGAUCCUCAUCUAUCCAGCCCUGCAGAUGGCAGAUUUCAACCUGCCCUCAUACCAGCAAAAUCAUGCUGUGCCCAUAUUGUUCCGUGGCCGCGUGGCAUUCUACUUUCUGCAGUACCUCAGUGGUGACAUGUCUGUUUGCCAAGAUGUACUGGAAGGGAACCACGUCCCCAUUGAGCUCAGGCCAUGCUACCAGGAGUGGCUCUCCCCUUCAAACCUACCUCCAGAGUGCUUAGCUCGGGGCUACUCUGAGCAACCAUCCCCAGAAUAUGAUGCGGAGGUGUAUCACAUAAUCAAAACUGGUCUGGAUCCUGAGGUCUCCCCUUUACUGGCAGACGAUGUUGUAAUUCAGAAGACCCCGCCCACAUUCAUUCUCACCUGUGAGUAUGAUGUUCUGAGGGAUGAUGGGAUUCUUUAUAGAAAGCGGCUGCUGGACCUGGGAUUGGAUGUCACCUGGCAACAUGUGAUGGAUGGUUUUCAUGGUAUCAUUAACUUUAUCAACCAAGGCUUUCUCACCUUUCCUUCAGCAACUCGAAUUGCUGAUAGUGUUGUUGACUAUGUAAAAACACUGUGA